AAGCUCUACCUCAAACAGAGUUCAAGGCUCCAGCAGCUUUCCCACUGGCUCUGCUCCCUUUCUGGUGAGUACUCACAAGCCAGACUUGUUUCCAAUGGAGACAGCAAACACACCAGGGAAACCAGCAGCUCUUGGGUUUUGCUUCUGCUACACAACCACACCACCAAUCCUCUUGAUCUCCUCAGCUCCUGCAGCAGACUUUAUCGCUCUGAGGGUCUGGAACAGAGGGUGGUCUCAGCUGCAAGCAGCAGCAGGUGCCUCCUCAGCUGGGCGUGCUGGCUACAGCUGAAGAUCCAAUGGCUUUCAGGAAGACUUGUUUCCUACCAAGCUGCUGCUGCCAUGAAAUCUCCUUCAGCAUUCCAGCAAUGGAGCAACGUAAAGCAGUGGGAAAUGAGCAGUAAAUAAGGGGGAAGGAAAGCAGUGCCAGCAUUGCCUGCCAGUGCUGCUCUGUGCCUUGGUCGUCUGGCAGCAGUGCAAAGCAGCAGGUAAAAGAAAACCUUAGGAGGGUUUACAAGAGCAGGUUUAACUUUCCCAACAGCCACAAUAUGCCUAACAAUACUGGGGAUAGAAUGAGUCACAAAAUGGACACGUUGGGAAGGAGUUCUGGAUUCAGGAGAAAAACCUGGACUAGGUCUGGGCAGCAAGAAACUACAGCUCUGGGGCAACCAUCCCCAGCUCCAUCCCAGCCCAGAAGAGCUGUCACUGCAGGACCAGCUGCUGGGGCCUGGGCAGGGGAGCAGGCAGCACUGCAGGAGGACCAGGUUCAGCUGGACAAGAUCUGGAGAGAGUCUGUGGAGGCUGAACAGAGGGGAAGAAAAAUCUGGUACCAGAACUGGAGUUUCCUAAAGGACUAUGACCAAAUGGGCGUGAAGAAGGAGCAAAAGCCCCUGCCAAGCUACGUGCCCGUGUUCUCCAGCAAGCUUCCCAACUCGAGCAGCCAGGCUGUCGGCAGCCGGCUGGGCACGGAGCUGGGCAGGGCCCUGGUGAGCAUGGAGUGGGGCUCCAGCAGCGCAGCCAGGAGGAGGAGGCUGGAGGAGGAGCUCCAGCCUUCCUAGGGCUCCAGCAAAGGUGCCGCCGCCGCAGGCCAAGCUGGCUGCUUCAAACCGCUGGGACCACCAGAACUCCCCCAUCUUUUUCCCAGAGACACCUGUAAUACUGUCAAGCAUGGAUUGUUUCCUUGUUUUUUUCCCAAAGCAAAGAUGGAUGUUGUUCAGCAAUGGCACAGGAGACAAUCCUCUUCGUGUUCGGGGUAACUGGGCCAUACACAGUUGGGACCACAUCCAUCUUCCCAUGCAAUUCCACAGUAACGUUGCCACUACCACCAGAAAGAACCAGGUUGCAGUCAAAAGGCAAUUUCUUACUGAGUUUUUAUCCCCUGAAAAGAAACAGCUUACAAAGACCAGCUGAGUCCCAACAAAACUGACAUACAUUCAAUUAGUCAGGGCAAUAAAAUGCAGCAACUCGUUGCAUUUCAUGUCAUUAGCGAAGGAUUCAUCAGCCUCUGUCAUCUGCACGUUUAAGCUUGCUCUGAAGAAAUUUAAGGCACAUGAGACAGGAUCUGUGCUUCUCCACCCCUGCCUGCGGAGGGAGGGAGACCAAAUCUUUUUACACUGGUUUUCAAAUUCCCUUUCCCUAUUAUUUUUUUUUUUUUUGGUUAAGCUGAUGGAAACUCACUGACAAGGAAACAGGCUUUCACAUUUUGCUUU